AUGAGCAGCAAUAAGUGCUUCAAGUGUGGACGAUCUGGCCACUGGGCCCGCGAAUGCCCUACUGGUGGAGGCCGUGGUUGUGGAAUGAGAAGCCGUGGCAGAAGUGGUUUUACCUCGGAUAGAGGUUUCCAGUUUGCUUCCUCAUCUCUUCCAGACAUCUGUUAUCGCUGUGGUGAGUCUGGUCACCUUGCCAAGGAUUGUGAUCUUCAGGAGGAUGCCUGCUAUAACUGCGGUAGAGGUGGCCACAUUGCCAAGGACUGCAAGGAGCCCAAGAGAGAGCGGGAGCAAUGCUGCUACAACUGUGGCAAACCAAGCCAUCUGGCUCAUGACUGUGACCAUGCAGAUGAGCAGAAAUGCUAUUCUUGUGGAGAAUUAGGGCAUAUUCAAAAAGACUGCACCAAAGUGAAGUGCUAUAGGUGUGGUGAAACUGGUCAUGUAGCUAUCAACUGCAGCAAGACAAGUGAAGUCAACUGUUACUGCUGUGGCAAAUCAGGGCACCUUGCACGGGAAUGCACGAUUGAGGCCACAGCUUAA